AUGGUAGGAUCAGUAAUAGAAAUACCUCUCUUUAUUUUGAAUGUAGUAGAAACGGAUUUCACUCAAGAAGUAGUCACAAUACAGAACGUUCAGGUAACAACUAUGGAAGUCAUGACAGAAGACGUUCAAGUAUUUUUGUUAGAAAAAAUAGGGAUAGUAGUUGCGAUAGAAGAAGAAACAGAGAUAAUAGAAAUGGUGAUAAACAUCAUUCUUCUGAGAGACACAACCGGCAAUAAUGAUAUCACUAUUCUAUAUGAAGUGUUUGAGCAACAUGUUUAUUCAACUGGUGAUGAAGAAGGUUUAUCUGAUGACGAGAAAGACUUUCUACUAUCUGAUGACCUAGAUGAUAACGAACGAGAUUUAGAAGAUUUUGAAUUAUUCUUAAACUUUAAAUAA